AUGUCGUCCGUGCAGGGUAGACCGCCCCAAUCCGUCGUUGCGGCGACCGGCAGUGACCUCGCAGUACCCGGCGAUACUUCCCCACUGUGCGUAGCCACUGUUGCCACUGAAGUACUGUCGCGUACCUUUCCGUCCCGCAAAGUACAGUCCAGCUCUCCGCCGAAAGUUUCUGAUGCGCGCAUCGACAGCUUGCGCUGA